UCCAGCAGAGCCUGGCCUCAGCAUGUGAACAGACUGCUAACCAACAUGGACUUUUAUUUUUAAUUAUCCAUGCAGCCAUUUACUAGACGUUUGGACUUACAUUUCCGGAGCUUCGGCAGGAAGCUGUUUGGGAAAACAGCCUUUCACGGCCCUCUGAAGGGGAAGACUCCCAGUCUGCAAAUCUGCUGCAGCUCUGUUUGCCUUGUGAAGCAAACUGCCCAAUGCUGGGAAACGGGAGCACCAACAGCAGCUGCCCAAACUUCACAGUCUACAGACAGGCCUUUGCGGGAGAAGUUUGCAAGCUGCUCUUUAUGAUCCUCCUGGUCGUUGCCAUCACCCUUGGCAACGCAGUGAGUCUCCUGGUUUUCUUCCGCAUCAAGCAAUUCAGGACCUCCCAAGGCUACCUGAAGGUCUCUUUGGCCGUGGCUGACAUGGCGGUGGGGCUCGUUGUUGUGCCUUACUCAGUUUACAGAGAGGCAAACUUCUUGACCUACGGAACGGGACGAGAGAGUGAGGCAUCUGAACGGCUGGCCUGCUCCAUUAUUGGGCCCAUCUUUGCAGGCUGCACCUUGGUCUCCAUCAGCACCAUAUUCCUGCUCUCGGUGGAGAGGACCAUAGCGGUGCUGAAACCCCUGCACAAGGAGGCCUUGGUUACCAAACGAAGGACGGUUCAGCUCAUUUUUGCCUCUUGGGCUGUGAGUUUCUGCCUGGCUACCAUACCUCUGCUAUCCACCCCUAAGAUUACACAACAGUACAAUUCCUGCAGCAGGCUGUGCAACUAUGCCUUUCCUGCAGAUGAGCUGCCGGGACCCUACUGGCACGUCAUGCUCGUUUUCCCUGUCUUUGAUUUCACCCUCUUGAGCAGCACUUUUGUCAUCAACCUUGUCACCUUUGCUGCCAUCCACCAGAACAACAAGACCUGGAAGAGUCUAGCAGGAGAGUUACAGGUCAGCAACCGACUCCCCUGCACAGACACUACCGCGGCCAAGACUAUUAGCAUCCUGACCUUUGCUUUCUUCGCUGCCUUCAGCCCAAUUGCCGUCUUUGUGGUGGGCUCUGUGAUGGGCUACCUGUGGUGCGAAUUUUCCUUUUAUGCUUUCUGGAUCCUCACAUCUAACAGCUGUUGGAACGUGGCCAUCUACAGCAUUUGGGACCCCAAGUUCCGACAGGGGCUUAGGGAGCUGUUCAACAAAGCAGUGCUGAAAUAAGACUCAGGGUGCCCCAUUAGAAGGACGCUCUUCUCCAGCCUCUGUGGCAAUCCUCAUGGAGAUGUUCCGCCCAGAAAGUACUUGCUGGUACCAUUGAUGCCUGCCGUUUCUCAGGGGAGGCUGAUGUGCUCCUGCUUCAGAAAAAUCUGGAGGUUUAUUUAUCUAUCUAUCUAUCUAUUUAUUUGAAGCAUGUUUUAAAGGUUUGAAAUUUUUUUUUGGAAAGAAAUCCUCCUACUCCACUGCUGAGCCUCUGCAGAGAACCUUCUUUCGGAAAUGUGUGCCUCUUUUGAAGUGCCAGACUCUUCCAUGCAUACAUUAGAUUACAGCAUAAAUGGACUUAUUGGGAUGAGUUAUAGCAUGGAGUGUGGAAACAUACCACACUUACCAAAACCAAUCAGUGUAAAUAAUGCACUUUUAGUAUAAAGCUAGCAAUAUAUGAAGCUGCCUUAUACUGAGUUAGACCACUAGUCCGCACAGCUCAGUACGGUCUACACCAGGGCUACACAACUUUGGCCCUCCAGCUGGUUUCGGACUACAACUCCCAUUACCCCACCCAGCCACAGUGGUCAAUAGUGGGGGAAGAUCAGAGUUGUAGUCCAAAAUCUGCAGGAGGGCCAGAUUUGUAUACUACAUUGACCAGCAGCAGCACUCCCCCCGAAUUUUGGGCAUGGGUCUCUCCCAGCCCUCUCUGAAGGGACUGGACCUUGAAUCUUCUACAUGCAAAGCAUGCGAUCCAGCAGUGAACUAUGGCCUCAUCCCCCAAAGAUGGAGAG